CUCCAGACGAAUGCUUCAGUUGUCUUAAUCAACACAAAAAAGUGCUCAGAUCCCCACACGCCGCCUUUCCUGCUUAGGAUACGAAUACUACUGCUCCCUUGAGAGCCUCCAUCCCUCGCUCCAGCUUCCUACCCACCGCUCUGUCGAGGGCACAGCAUACUGCCUAUAAAUCUGUCACUCUCACCUCUCUUCUCCUCAUUCCUUUUUCAAGAGCCAGCUCGACUUUCGGUGCCGGUAUAUACGCAAUUCUCGACCGUCUUUCUCCGUUUCUCUUCAGCCGCGAAUCUCAUCACCCUAAUUAUCACCAAUAAUACCUUAUUAUCAUAAUGUCUACUUCUUCGUCUUCUUCCCACAGCGGCUCAACAUGGCAGGAACGCCUUGAGGAGGUUUGCCGUGACGCCCAGAUCAUGCCACCCACCUUCCAAAUCGUGUCUGAUCGACGAGGCGGUCGAACAGCUUGGUCAAGCCAGGUUACAAUCCUGGGCCAGACCCUUGCCGCACGAUACUGGUACGAUGGAAAGAAUCUCAACAACGCCAAGGAAGACGCUGCCGAAUGUGCUUUGAACUGGCUGAGCACUUCGAGCAACGCCUCCCACGUCCGAAAUUGGAGCACUUGGUGAACUAUAACCGCCACCUAUUUCUACUGCUUACCAGCAUCAUUCAUUACACUUCUUUUUGCAGCUAUCCACUGCUAGCGACAUCGAGCAGCGACACUCGUUGUUUGUUUUACUAUACCGGUUAUUUUUUUUUUUCCUGUCAUUCUCUUGUUAUUUUUUCAUUUGUACGGUUUACUAUAUCUGGAGUUGGAGUAAUGAGAACAAAUGCUUUCCAUCUUGAGGAAGCUGAAAAAAAAAGAGGAUAACAGAAAGGGCGGCGCAAUUUGCAAUUAUGCCACGAUUUAGGAAAUUCUAUUGUCACUGUACAGAGAGGUUUUGCCUCGGACAUCUGCUCUGAGUCCGUCUUCAAAAUCCUUGGCGGACGAAUAGAUUUCGGCCUCGAUGAACAGUAUAGCACAUGGGAUUUUCGAGAGCAGGGCCGCAUGCUUACAAUGUAUGUGCCUCGCUGCGUCCGCAUCACACUUGCGGAGAUGGAGUUUGUUGUACUGGGAUGGUUAUUUUGGGUUAUUUGUUCUGUUUUGCCUUUUGUGGUUCGAUUUGAUUUUUACUUGCUGGGAGGAUUAUUUAUUUCACUGUUUGACAUUGAGAUCAGGAGCCAGACACACAAAGUAGGGGGGCCGUGACGAGUUAAAGGCAGAUGAAGAUUGGACAGGCGCAUAGCCCAAUAAGACGUGUUGAAGCUGAUACUACUAAUUACUGUAUAGUCGACUUUUUGUUAAGAAAAAAAGAAACGAUUAGAUGCG